AUGAAGAUCUUGUCUUUUGCGCCGGUUUCGUGCGCGUGGGGAGAGAGUGUUGGGGACAUGGAGGAGCCGUUCACGGUGUCGAUUGUGAAGACGUGGUCGCGGAAGAAGAGGGCGGCGCAGAAGGAGAAGAAGGCUAUGGAGGCGCCGGAUUUGAGGGUACGGACAUUGAAGGCGAGUGGUGGAGGUGGGGAGUGGGAGGAUGAGUUGGGACCUGGAGACACCUUGGGAGUUGCGGAGGGUCUCGAGUGGGGUAAUGGUGCCUUUGGUGGCCUAGCUAUCCGAGUGGGCGGUUUGGGUGGCAUUGUAAUAGUGUAG